GGAAAUGCUGUCAGUGUUUUAAAUCCCUCCAAAAGGCGGAAGCAGUAAGUAAACUGCAAGAGGAAGAGACAGAGAAAGACCUUGAGGCAGCAAGAGUGGUUUAAGGAGCAGCAUUUGGACAGAGCCACACACACUCUCUCUCCCCCUACAGUAUCCAGGAGGGAUACAUUGUAUCACAGGAGACAGCAGUGAAUCUUUGAAGCUCAGCGCUGAGACCCUGGGCCAGGGAGUUGGUGGAAAUGAUGCCCCUGUCUAGUAAGAAAGAGACAAAAUACCGCUAUUUCAUCUUGAUGGAGGACCUGUCCAUUCAGAACCGUGUCUUUCCCGCUGGCAACAUCGCCAUUGUUGCUGAGGCUGACUUCCUGCAGAGCGAGGCUCAGGGGCCAAGCCGCAGAAUGAAGUUUCAUCUGGUGGAGGCAGAAGUGUACCCUAUCCUGGAGCUGGCCAGCCUGCGUGAGCUGAGUGAGCAGGAGGCACGAUUUCUGCAGGCUGUCAGUCCCUCUGCCCAGCGCUUAGACCUCUACCUGGAAGAGGCAACUCUUGCAAAAGCACAGCUGCUCCAAAUCUCGGAUCCUGUCAUCGUCGACUACAAAUCCCAGUCGCUGCCUGGAGUCGUCGCUUACAUCGGAAACAUAUGCGACAGCCCGAAGCUUUCUGGAACGUUCUUUGGAAUUAAGUUGCAGAGGCAGGUGGAGCUGGAAGAAGAUGGGAAAAAUGACGGAACGUUUAACAAGAAGCAGUAUUUCCAGUGCGAGAGAGGCCACGGCAUCUUUGUGCCGUUCCACAAGGUCAGGCGGUGCUGGAGCAUUGAAGAAGCGGGGAAGUGCAUUGGUGUGGGAGAUGGGAAGAUGGAAGAUCCGCUGAGGGAUCGCCCAGUCAGCACUGGCGACCGAGUGGCUGUUUACCUGGAGGAGGGGAUGGAAAGGGGGUUGGUGAUCGAUGUCAUCAAUGAAGACUCAACUGUGAUGGUCAACUUUAAGCCGGACCAGGCAAAGGGAGAGGAACUGAAGAUGUGUGUGAAGGUGCCACUUUCUUCUGUCAUAAGAGAAGACUUGCUCCGACCUGCCGGCAGUAUGUACCCCAGUGCCUCCAGAGACGGUGAGCUCGUGGUGGAUGGGGGCCUGAAACGAGAGCCCCUGGAAAACGGAGGGAGAAGGCCAGAGCAUUACCUGGGAGUUAACUCUGUCGUUCAAAUCAACAUGGGCAAAGGGGCUCUGAGUACUGGAGUGAUCCAGUGGAUGGGGUACCUCCCUGGGGUGGCAGGUGAAAUUGCUGGCGUCGAGCUGGAUGAAGACCGUGGGCUGUCAGAUGGGACCUGGCAGGGUCACCAGUAUUUCCAUUGUGCUGCCAAAAGAGGGAUCUUUGUCCGAGUGGAAUCUUGCCAGCCUGAUAUCAGGUUCCAGUCUCUCCUCAUCACUCCAGAGAACUCUCAAGACCCGCAGCGUAGCGGGAACCGGGAGAGCCACGUGGUCCCCGUCGUUAUCCCUCCCCCGAGGAAUGGAGAGGCAGUCCGCGUCCUGGAGGGCCGGAUGCGCGGGAUUCAGGGACACUGCAAUUCCUGCUACAUGGAUACCGCCCUCUUCAGCCUCUUCUCCUGCACCUUGGUGCUGGAUUCCAUGCUUCACAAGGCCACCAACCCCCAGUGCAGACACAUCCAGCGGAUACUUCGCGAGGAGAUCGUCAAUCCACUUCGCAGAGACGGGUUUGUCGACUGUAAGAAGGUAAUGAACCUGAGGAGGGAGCUGACGGCAGGAGGUUCCUGUGCGGGAUUUACCAGUGAGGAGAAAGACCCGGAGGAGUUCCUCAAUGUGAUCAUGCAGCAUGUUCUCGGCCUGGAGCCAUUACUCAAACUCAGGUCGGCAGGCCAUAAGGAUCAGGAGUGUUACUGCCAUCAGAUCUUCAUUGACCAGGAUGAUGACCUGACUGUUCCCACAGUACAGCAACUGGUAGAACAUUCCUUCCACAGUAACCAGCUCAAAUUGGCUGAGGUUCCAUCGUGUCUCAUCGUGCAGAUGCCUCGCUUUGGGAAGAAUUACAAAAUGUUUGAGAAAAUCAUCCCUUCUCUGGAGCUGGACAUCACCGACCUGCUGUGGGACAGUCCCCGGGAAUGCUGUGUGUGUGGAGAGCUGGCCACUCAGGAAUGUGAGGAGUGCUUCAAAGACAAACUGUUCUCGAAAACGGGACUCAAGCAAUUCUGUGAUGUUUGCUGGCGUCAGGUCCACUCCCACUCCUCCAGGUGCAGCCACCGCUCCAUGAAGCUCAAAUGCCCCGAGGAGUUUGUUCACUCCAGGAAGAGUCAGGUCCCACGGGAGAAGAUGCAGCUCUUUGCUGUGCUCUGUAUCGAGACCAGCCACUAUGUCUCGUUCAUCAAAUACGGACUGGAAGACCACCACUGGAUGUUCUUUGACAGCAUGUCCGACAGACACGGUGGUGAGAGCGGGUACAACAUCCCCACCGUGACUCUGUGCCCUGAGGUGGCGAAAUAUGCGAAACGUUCGGCAGCUCAGCUGGUCAAAGACCACCCUCGGGACAUGGAGGGCGUAGCCAAGCGGCAGCUGUGUGACGCCUACAUGUAUCUGUAUGAACACCCACGGAUGGCCGUCUACAAGUGAGCACCCCUCCCACAGCUCUAUCCCCCAGCAAUGGGGGAAGGGGGCCGCACUGUUGAGGGGCUGGUGGAGAGGGGGCAUCUAGGGGAGGGUGGACCUUUUAAAAUACCAAGAGAACAAGUCAAGUUGGACAUCCAACAUCAACUUUGCUGCUGGGUGGCUGGUGAUAGUUGGGGAUAGAUGGAGGGGAUUAUUGAGCAAGGGGUGGGGGAGGGUAACAGGAUGGGCUGG